UGAAGAAAACUGAAGACUAAAUUCAUGCUGCUUCUUUGUUUGCAGCUUUUUAAACUUAAGAAACAACAUCAUCGUUUUCAUCACUGAUUUGCACCGAGAUCUUCUCUGAUGAAGAAUAAAUGACUUCUCCAGCACUUAAAAGUCGCUCACUUAAAGUGUAAAACACCAGAAGUAGAACUACAACGCCUGUUUAAUGGGGUCUCAGUGAAGCUGCAGCAGAGCAGGAAGAGAGAUUUAGAGAGAGUUGGAGAGAGAGGGUUAAAAUUAUCCCCCUAAAGCCAAUCCUCCUCAAGCUGAUCAGUGUGCUGACUAACCAGCUCGCAGACUCCAAACGUGGACGCAGGUAGCAGCACUUCUUCUGGGAUCAGAUGGGUUGUUAGAAGCCGAAGAUAAAAGGAUUACUCUUGGCUGUUGAACACAGGAGGUCCACGGUGCCAAGAGGGAUCAUCUGGCGAGUCGAGGCCUAACACUUCUUCCCGGAGACAGCUGAAGGACCUGUCCUGACACAUCAGACCGGCUCUCCUGAUUUGUUAACCCGCCAUGGAGUCCAGAAGCCUUCUGUGACCACAGGACUCAAGAGACGUUUGGCAGCACUCUUUGGGUGGUUUGGAUUAUCCGCCUGGGAUUUUGUAACAUUUUUUCCUCCUGAAGGGAUUUAUGCUCUCAGUGAGGAGAGGUCAUCUUCGUUGAUAUGAAUCGACCCAACGCCUUUGAAUCCAACGCAUAUGAACGCCAUUCAUGGUGGUCAUCACACCAAAGCUAAGGCGUGGGAGGACAGUCACUUGUCAGGGAGUAACUUGGACUCAGGCCAAAUAUGGCCAGAGACGUCAGUCCUCUGAGUCUGAUGCCUUUCUCUGCCGGGCAUCAGCAGUGGGUUGGGGCCUCUCUGGGGUUCACCCUCCCCGUGUUUCCUCUACGCUCUUUCAUUUUCUACUACUUCCUGUCAUGUGCAGCUGCAACCGGCAGCUUGCCUGGCAUGGAUCAUGACUACGGCAUUAGUCCCAAAUUUGUUUGCACUCCUAUCCCGCCAGAGGCCGACCCCAGCUGCUACUCCCCGCCCAGCGUGCCCCAUGGACCGAGCAGUAACGGCCACAGCAGUGACCACGGCGGAGGUAGCCGGCGCGGCAUGAUGUCCGACGAGGCCAAAGCCACCAUCUUGCACCUGCGCGAGAGCCUCGUGAGGCAGAAGGAGACCAUUCUCGAUCAGCGGGAGACCAUCAGGGAGCUGACCGCCAAGCUCACUUUGUGCGAGGGCUUCGGUGGUCACCACAGCACUGGACACCACGAUAGCCAUCAUGAAAAUCACCAUGACAACCACCACGAUACUCACCACGACACAGACGAUAACCAUCAUGACGACCACCACGGGCAUCACAACGGCCACCACACGUCGUCAUCGUCGUCGUCAUCCUCACACCACGGGCCCUUUCACGGCACCGACCACCACUACUCCCACGGCAGCCACAGGCCGGACACCCACCACAGGAAGGGCUCGUCGUACGGGAAACACACCUCCUUCUCCCCGGAGCAGACGGGCAAAACGCUGCAGACGCUCAAAGAGAGGCUGGAGAACUUGCAGGCGAGGAACUCGUCCAGCUCCUACUCCAGCUCGCUGAGGGAACUCCUCCAGAGGAAGAUCGCCGCGCUGGAGGAGCAGCUGCACAGCUACUACAGAGACCACCACGACGAUCGCCACGACGACCACCACGACGACCACCAUGACGACAACCACGAUGAACACCGCGCUGACCCCCGGGGCGGCAGCAGCCACCACGAUGACCACCACGACGACCACCACGACGACCACCGUCGUCCAGAUCACCACAACAGCCAUCGCAACAACCACCACGGAAGCAACAGGUACAACCAUCGCAUCGGUCAUCAAAACCGCCACUACAACCACCAUUACGACUCGCACCACAGCCGGCACGAUGGUCACUACGGUACCCAUCACAGCAACCACCGCAAUGACCAUCACGAUGACCACGAUGACCACCUUGAUCCCCACGACGACCACCAUGAUUACCACGACGACCAUCACGAUGACCACGGUGACUAUCACCACGGAACUGGAUACCACGAUGACCACCACGAUGACCACCACGGUGACCACCAUGACGGUCACCACUAUGACAGCCACCACGACGACCAUCACCCGAGGCGUCAGCCAUCCGGCGGCAAAGAGACAAGUCUUCAGGGUCACAGCAAGCUGGAAACCAUUCUCAGCCAACUUCACCACGCCACCGGCGACCACGGAAAUCACCAGAAGCUAAAGAGUCCCAACGCUUUCCUUCUGGACUUCCCCAUGAGGACCAACUACAUGUACGCCAGGAUGAAGCGGUCGGUCAUCAACGAGAUCUUCGCCCUGACCGUCUGCCUGUGGAUGAAGGCGGGAGAGGGACCGGGCCUGGGUACUCCCAUAUCUUACGCUGUACCCGGACAAGCCAAUGAGCUGGUGUUGAUCGAAUGGGGCAGCAACCCGAUGGAGCUGCUGAUCAACGACAAGGCGGUGACAUUGCCCAUAACCAUGACCGACGGAAAGUGGCACCAUGUGUGUGUGACGUGGUCGACGCGUGAGGGUGUCUGGGAGGCCUACCAGGACGGGGUGAAAAAAGGCUCAGGGCAAAACCUGUCAGCCUGGCACUCGAUCAAACCAGGAGGGACCUUCAUCCUGGGCCAGGAGCAGGACACGAUGGGAGGCCGCUUCGACGUCACUCAGUCCUUCAUGGGAGAGCUGUCCGAUCUACAGUUCUGGUCCAGAGUCCUGACGGCCAAUGAGAUCCACAGCCAGGCGACCUGCGUGGGCCACCUCACCGGUGACAUCAUGUCCUGGUCAGAGGAGGCGGUGGAGCUCCAUGGAGGACUCACAGAGUUCGCCUUCGACCCCUGCCACUAAUAACGUUCCCCAUCGAGAGCCGCAGCUUCAUCCCCCUGGACGCUGUUCAUCUCGUUUCCACUUCAAGAACUGCUCGGAGGGGGAAAUUGUUAUUUUGCCAAGGAUUGAAGAUGGGUUCAUCGAAGUCGUGCAUGCCCCGAUUUUCUGUCCCGUCAGUCGACUGAGAUCGUUAUAACACCGGCUCAGCAGCGGGCACAGA